AUGGCACGAUUAUGGUUGACGACACAUCCACGUAUUACCAGCGCUCUUCAAUUGUCUCGUUCUUUGUUCAAAAGAUUCAUAUUGAUGUCAUUUAAUGCUAAAACAUCCGGAACGGCUGUGCCGCCGCGUACUUCGCAAUACGUGGGACCCUAUCUUCUUCAAAAAACAUUAGGCAAAGGUCAAACAGGACUUGUCAAGUUAGGCGUUCAUUAUGUGACAGGAGAGAAAGUAGCGAUCAAAAUAGUGAAUCGUGAAGCAUUGUCCGAAUCGGUUUUAUUAAAAGUCGAACGUGAAAUCGCAAUUAUGAAAUUAAUUGAACAUCCACAUGUGUUACGUAUCUAUGAUGUGUAUGAAAGUCGAAAAUAUCUUUAUCUUAUUCUUGAACAUGUUGCUGGCGGAGAAUUAUUCGAUUAUCUUGUUAAAAAAGGUCGAUUAACACCAAAAGAAGCAAGAAAAUUCUUUCGACAGAUCAUGUCAGCGCUCGACUUUUGUCAUAGUCAUAUGAUUUGCCAUCGGGAUCUGAAACCAGAGAAUUUAUUACUGGACGAUAAGAUGAAUAUUCGCGUAGCAGAUUUCGGUAUGGCAUCAUUACAAGUCGAAGGCGGCUUUCUUGAGACUAGUUGUGGUUCACCGCAUUAUGCAUGUCCUGAAGUGAUCAAAGGUGAAAAAUAUGAUGGACGCAAAGCUGAUGUCUGGUCGUGUGGUGUUAUUCUCUAUGCAUUACUAGUGGGUGCAUUACCGUUCGAUGAUGAUAAUCUUCGUCAAUUGCUCGAAAAAGUUAAAAAGGGAGUUUUUCAUAUUCCACAUUUUGUAUCUGCUGAUUGUCAACUAUUAUUACGUGGAAUGAUUGAAAUCGAUCCAAGUAAACGAUUAACGUUAGAAGAUGUCAGUCGACAUCCAUGGGUGACACAGGGUACGAAAACUGACCUUGAAUUGGAAUUGCCAAUGGUGCAAGUUGUUCAAACAACCAUCAUUCCUAGAGAGGAAGAUAUUGAUCCUGAUGUAUUCGCAGCAAUGACGUCAUUAGGUUGUUUCAAAGAUCGACAACGUUUGAUUGAAGCUUUACUAAAUUCAAAACACAAUACCGAAAAAGUCAUUUAUUUUCUUUUACUCGAUCGUAAGUUGCGUCAACCGACUCAUGAUGAUCCAGAUGAUACGAAACAACGAAGUCGUUCUGGUUCGCCCGAUUUUCCACAAAAACGUGUUGACCGUCAACGUUCAAACGGUCAAACACCUAGUUCAGCUGGAUAUCGAACCAAUACAAUCGGACAAUUAACUGAAGGUUCACCAUUAGUUUCUCGACGCAAACUUUACUCCAACGUCAAUUCUAAAACGAUUUCAGCCAAUAAUACGCCCUCGGUUAGUCCAUGUUCAUCACCGACAAUCACGAAGAAAGAUGUCUUUUCUAAAAUCACUGCAUUUACGACGGGUAAAAGUUCUACUGAAAACCCCACUGUAUCAAGUUCGACACCGCCAUCGACUCAAACACAAAUACACCGUCAUCAUCGCAAUACAUCAACUGUUUCUCAAAACGACAGGGUUCUCACAACACCACCAUCAACACAAUCGAUUGCUUGCAAUAGCGUUGGUGAACAGUCUUACACAUCGAGCAUGAAAGAAUCCGUAGUGAAUAGUUCCAAUGCUAUUAACAAUGGUACAAAUACGUACAAUUCAACACGACGGACUCCUCAACAACCAACUUCAGCUUCGACUUCGGUCACAUCGGAAUCAAUGAAUAUGGAAUCGUCUCCAUCGACUCUCUCAAAUAAUACUACUCCGAGUACUCCAAUGACACCCAACAAUAAUCAAUGGAGACACAAAUUAAAUAAUCUAAAACAAAGCUUUCAAAAUGUUGGCACGCCACGAUUUCAUCGACGACCCAAAGUUUUAUUGGCCGAAAGUGAUAGUACUACAACAUCAAAUUCACCAUCUCAAUACGGUACAACUCCUGAAGCGACUAAAAAGUCACUGUUCCAUCAUAUCAUCGAUGCAAUGCAAGAAGAUCAUCACAUGAUUGUUGUCAAAGAUCGGCCGCUAUCAGCAAUUAAAACAGAUCUUAUCCAUGCUUUUCUUUCGACUCCCGAUCUCGUACACAAUGUUCUAUCCGGCACUCAAUAUCGCUGUGAAUAUCGUCGAGCUGAUCGAUCAUCAAUGUUUCAACGUAAUAUACGUUUCCAUGUAGAAAUUUGUACAGUUAGAUCUACCGAUCCGCUAACGCCGGAUAGCUACUACAUUACAUUCACAUUGAUCACCGGGCAAGCCCGGCGCUUCAAAAAACUAUGUGAAGAAAUUCAAACAUUAUUUUUCUCUAGCAAAGAUCGUUUAGCAAAACAACGACAGCAAACCAAUGAGACUCAACCGACAAAUACCAACACAAAUCAAUCAACAACUUCGGCUCGUCCUAAUCCAUCAUUUAUAUCAUCUUUAUUCGGCAAUACAACUUCUUCAUAUCUCAAAACCAAUGUUCCUCAAUCACAACCACAACAAGUUCAACGACAAUCAUCUUCGUCAUCGGCAUCAUCCCUGUCAUCAACAUCUAAUAUAUCCUUAACUAAUCCACCAUUAACAAUGAACGAUAAUUCCUCGGCAAUGGAAUCUAAUCGUAAAAGAUUUGUCUGCGUGCUCAAAUCAUCCAUGUUUAAUGUGACCCUACAACAUUCAAGGAAAAUAUUAACGUAUUAUAUGCAAAUUGUCUGUGCAAAUGUCUUAGUCGUGAUGCGUAAAUCCAUCUGUGUAUGUCAACAGGAACUAAUAUAG